AUGUUGCAAAGUUGUGCGGGGUCCUGUACCCUUUUCCCUUCGCACUUAGUGUGCAGGAGGAGGGACGCAGUUUAUCGAAUCAGGGUGAGUCUGCUCCACCCACAGCAGAGACAACACAACUCAUGUAGCAACACCAGGCAUAGAAAAAUAGUAGUAAUUCCAUUUAGCCAAAAGGAUCAAACACUCUAUUAUAAAAAUAUCCCGUUCUGUGUAGAACUGCUGGAUGCUAAAAAUAAAAAAGAUAUCUUGGAGAUAUACAAGAUGGUGAGAAAUGAAGAUGACAGGAAGAAUUUUCCCUCUGAUUUUGUUGAUAACUUAUUUUCAUGCACAAGAAAAUUUGUCCGUUCUCUACUGCCACACGAGUUUGUACGUAUUUACAAAACAAUGAUCGUCAUAGGGAAGAAGGAUAAGGAGCUAGACUUGCUAAUGCAUCAACAGAUGAAGAGGAUACAUGCGAACUUUGAUGUGAUCACCAUUAGUAAGCUCUUUCAAUUAUUUACCAUUGGCAAGUGGAGGCCAGUUUAUUUGAUAAAGAUGCUGACCGAGACGUUCCUCAGAUGCCUGGAGAGGGAAGGGGUAAAUCAAUCUGACGAUCAACGGAUCAACGGAUCAACCGAUGAAUCCACCAACCAAACCCACCAAUGUACAACUGAUUCGACCCUGCGUCCCUGGCAUGUGCGCGAACUGGUAGCCAUUUUCUGCUUCUUCCGUAUCCAGUCGGAAAAACACAUAAAGAACAUUUUCCACCACUGCACCCCGUGGAUAGGAAAGAACAUACAAAAGUUCACCCCCAAGGAUGUCACCAUUAUUUUGUAUAGUACCGUGCACCUGGGGAGGCAGAACCCCAUUAUCCUAAGUGCCGCAGUAAAACAUGUCACCUUUAAUGGAGAUUCCUUUCAGUUUUUCCAGCUAGCCAUUAUCCUUAACUGCUUCGCAUCAUUGGGAGAGAAAAACAGCAAACUGUGCAAAGUUGUGUGCGACCAGGUUAAAAGGAGGAUGCGUCCAACCCUCUCUCCAGGGAUAACCAGUCCAGGUGUUCACCCCGAUGAAGUGGUCGAAAUAGGUCCCACUGAUAUAGAAGCAGACUGCGCGACAGAUGUGUUUGGAGGUUCCUCAGCUAAUGCACCAAGUGUAUUUGCAGUCAACCAGAAAAGGGAAUCUACAGAUGCACACAAGAAUAAUAAAAGAUGCUCGAUUCAGGGGGGAUAUCCAGAACCGAAAGAUGUGUCUGUGAUGGUGAAUGCGCUUAUAAGGCUAGAGCAUUAUGAUAAUGCAACCUUUAAUUGCCUUAUCCCGUACAUCGUUAAUCACGCAUCUAAAUUUUCUCCGCAAUCAUUAAGUAACUUGGUUCAUGCAUAUUCGCAGAUGCAAAUAAAGGACACGCUGAUGUUGGAGAAACUGUCAGAAGAAUGUAUUAUAAAAAUGAAGAAGUUCAAAAAUAUAGAGAUGAGUAAUUUGGCUAGCUCACUUGUUAGAUUAAACGUAAAAAACAAGGUUCUCUUUACCUACAUGAUUGAUGAAUUUUUGUACAGAGCCACCAUUGGGGUGAAGUAUAAGAAUUACCAGUUUGAUGUGGUUUCUCUGCAACAGUUUGCUUACUCUUUUAGCAAGGUGGGUCUGAGCGAUGAGAAGGUGUACGUCAUCCUUCAUCGCAUGCUCCUUCGAAGAAUCGGUCAACUUCGUAAAAAUUCCAAGAAGGGGGAUAGAGCCACUGAACUGUUGGUGGGAAGAAAGGAUGAAAAGAGGAAUGGACAACCACAUGACCAGCCAGAUAUGCGAUCGAAUAAGCAUCCUGUCUCCUGUUUGGGAGGUAUCGUCUCGAGAGGACCACAGUUUGAUUUCCUGUGCUUAUCUACAAUUGUGAACUCGUAUGCCUCUGCAAAAAUAAAAACGAAGAACUUGUUCCACUUUAUUAGUUACAUUAUAAGAGAAAAAAAGAAAAGAAAAGAGAUACUAUCGAACCAGUCCUUGUGUUGUCUAGUGUAUGGACUGGCAAAACUGCAACUGCCGGAUCGGAAGAUUCAUCAGUUAUUGCUGAAGGAAGGCACCGAGCGGGUAGACACUCUAAAACCUUUCCAGGCUGUACUUCUCCUGUACUCGUUUAGCAAGCUAAGGAUAUAUUCACGAAUGUUUGUAAAGAAAGCAGUUCAGUUGUGUAGUCGGAACAUACACCAAUUGACCCUAGCAGAUUUAUCAUUAGCAUGUUACUCGCUAUCAAAUAUGCUCUACAGAGAUGUAAUAUUUUUGUAUAAAGUCUCCAAAGUUAUCCUUGUAAACAAUUUUGAAUUCGAGAAAACAAACAUCUGCCAACUGUUCAAUUCCUUCACCAAGUUAUGCUUCUUCUACAAGCCGAUUUACCAACUGAUCUUCCAAAGGAUGGUCGUGUGCAUGCACGACUUGGGGGAGAAAGAGUUGGCAAACGUCUCGCUCUCCUUCGCGUAUUACUUCCACACGGUGCGGUUGUCCGUGUGUGAAGGGGAGACGGAGAAAAAGGAGAGGAAGGAAAACGUAAAAGAAAACGUAAAAGAAAACGUAAAGGAAAACGUAAAGGAAAACGUAAAAGAAAACGUAAAGGAAAAGGUAAAGGAAAAGGUAAAGGAAAAGGUAAAGGAAGAAGUGAAGCAAGAAGUGAAGCAAGAAGGGGAGGGCGCCCCCUCCCAGGGAAUUCCCCCAUCGGAGUGCCACCUCGUGCAAAGCCACCCGGAGCUUUUCUUCAGAAACGAACUGAACAUUUUUUUUAACCUCAUCUUUUUGCUAAACGAAAAGUAUCGCCAGAAAAUGUCUAUCAUAAGCAUACAGCAGUUGCAGGUAGUUGAUCUCUACCUUAGAGCAUUCUUUCCCAUGUAUUGUAACUUUCCCGGAUUUUUAAAAACGUUUUUUAUUAAGGUGAGAAGUGUGAAGCAAUGCAUCGAUGACUACCUAAUGAUGUCGUCCAAGACACACCGAAACGUAUCCCGUUUUCUAAGCUUGGUUGGUGUUACGCAUAGGAGUGAAGUUCAGUUUGGCCCAUACCAACUGGACAUCGUGGUGGACUUGCUGCAGAAUAAAAAAAAAAUGAGGGGGUUUGUACGAACCUUGGACGACCCAAGCGUGGAAGAAUCAUCCAAUGUAGAUAUAAUUUAUAAGACGAAAAGAUUGGAGGGGCAGAGGGUCAUCACAGAGAACAGCUAUUCCGAUGGAUCCAAUGCGCAUAAGGUGGUGGAAAAAAAAAUAGAAAAAAAUAUCCUCGUGGAAGUAGAUGGAGUGUCUCACUUCUACAGAGAGAGUCACAGUAGAGCCAUCAACUCGAUUAUCAAAAAUUUUAUUUUAGAAAAAUGCGGUUGGCACAUAAUACAUAUCCCCUAUCAGGAGUGGAAUCAGUGUGUCGAUUUUAAGAGGAAGGUUCUAUACGCUGUGCAGGUGUUGCGGCAAAUUUUGCGCAUAAGCAGGGAAGACAUCUCAGUCGGUGAUUUUCUUCACCUUUUGAGGGAUCCUUCCCCUGUACAGGGACAAAUAUACAGGACAACAGAGGUUGCUUGCGCGACGAACAAUGAAGAACAUAUCACACCUGUAGAAGCGGAAACAAGAACUUCUAGCCAUGGAGAGGUGAAGAGUGAAACCGAAGGAAUGGACACCCCCCACUUUUACACCGUCAGCGAAGAGGAGCUUUUCCGCAAUCAGACAAAGAACCGAAGCAGACAUCAAAAAGGAUUAAUGCAGAAGAUGCACCAGGACAACCAACUCACCUACCCCUUUAACGUGGUACACCCAAGGGGUAGUGCAGAGGGAGAAGUCGUUGCGAACGGAACACAGAUGAGUUCUCAACCCCCCAUGAGUCCUUAG